UUUUUAAGUCGAGUUUAAAUGUCAUCGAUACCGUAAUGCCCAACUUUUUAAUAGGCAAAGCAGUGGCUUUAUGGUUGUGUUCAUAACUAUCUAUUAAACCGGGUUAUAUGAUCCUUGUUUGAGAUAUAAUAAUGUAUUGGAUUUUACUGCUUUGCGACAUUUAAGCAGUAGCUUUUCGAUCGCUUGGUAUUCUGUGUUCUACUGAAGUCGGACAGGUUAAGCCAUCGGUAUUAGUUACGAAUAUGAUCUUGAUCUGACAAAGUUUAACAUUUUGCUGCUAAUUGAUUGUGCUCCUGUUAGGAUUACAAGCUGUGUUUUAAAGUAAUACUGAAGACAUACAGCAAACACCUGUGAAUAUUCCGUUCGCGUUAAAUCCUGAAGUGCAAUAUUUUUGCCAUAAAUAUGCGCAUAUAAUCGUAUACGGAAGUCCCUGGUAAUUCUGGGUAGUUGCAUAUUGCGUGGGACCAGACAGUUGCGUCGUUGACCGCCUAGAAAUCGAGGAACUUCUUUGUCGGCGGAGGACACAUCCGCAAGGCGAACUCCACAAACGGUUCCGAGUAUUCCGCGUGGUUGACGUGUUUUCCACGAAAAUUGAUGUCCGAGACAUCCGAAUGUAUCAAACGACUACUCAAACCCAGCAUGCUGAUUUUUGGGGUGCACGAAGGGGAGCGCGUCUCCAUAGAUGUCCCGUUGGGGGCCACGGUUGGGGAGGUGAAAAAAAUGAUACAGGUCAAACUUAACAUAUAUUUCGAUGACCUCGUGAAGCAGGACAAGAAGGUGCUGGUGCUCUCUUACGCUGGUUCCGAUCUCAACGACGCCUGGAUAUUCACCGACCUUGGCAUUGUUCCCGGCUCCACGUGCAAGGUAUGCAUGAGAGAAGAAGUGAAGCCUGUGCUAUUCGUACGCUGCUCGCACAGCGGAGAAACAAUCGAAAUCAUGGACGAUUAUUUCGUGGAGAAAAUGGAGGUGGCGGACUUGAGGACCAUGGUGUCAAAAAAGUCCGGACUUCCUGUUUCUAUAUUUAGGCUGGUCUCGCGGGAAAAUAAGGAGCUCUUUGAUAAUCACACUUUGUUUGAUUACAACAUCGAAUGCGGAGACAUGAUUUAUAUGGAAUGUUGGGACGGCUGGACGGAGCUCAUAAACUACAGUAUUCUCGGCCUGACGCCCAGUGUCACUCCGCUGAUUGUACAGGAUGAGAUCCAGUCGCGAUUUCAGCUCAAAGUGGUCUUGUACAUUGCCGCGCACUUCGGCAACGUCGAUCUCGCGAACACCUGCAUUCGCUCUGGGAUCAGACCAGAUGAGCCGAUAGGUCAGCACCCGAGUCGGCAGUGGUGCAAGGAUCUUGCGCACAUCGAGACGAAACGAGCGCCGGUACACGAGGCAGCGGAAUUCGGACAACUCGGCGUUCUCCGCUUGUUUGUCCGCACGGAUAUCACGUGCUCUAUGGCAAGAGAAGGCCACAAUCUCACUCCGCUGAAUCUAGCUCUGCGAAACAAGCAGCGACCGUGUGCGUCGUUUAUGCUCACUAAGCAGUGGGUUCGGGUCCCGGUCACGAGAGGUCAAUCGAUGACUUUGCAAACGUUUCGCAAGCUCAAGAUCUGGUGCGACCGCUGCAAGGAGAAAGCGUUUAUGAAAUUUGGACCAAAUAAGUCGUCUUUGAAGAGACGCACGUUCAACACCGGACCGCUCGUCAGUCAUGGGGUGAUUGUCGAUGGGUUUUCUCCGAGCCCCAUGAAUGGAAAAAACAAGACCGUUCAGAGAGUUCGAGAGAGGAAACGGCAUCUGAAUGAAAGCGCCUCAGCUGACAGCGACAAAGGCGACGACCCGGAAGCCUACUUUAAGCAUCUGACCGCUGUGCAAACUUACGCACCGAAAUUCCGUCAGAAUACAAAAUGGGGUAAAAUGGUUGGCCGUUCAAGCGUCGGAGCCGCGGUUGGAGCCGGCUUAAAGAGUGCGCUUAAGGGCGACAAACCUGACGGACCGGAUGCGUCUGAUUCCCCUGAAAAUCCCUCAACUCCCGAUGGAAAGGAAUCAAAACUUCCACCAAUUAUGGAAAAGAGUUCUCGGAUCAACAUAACGCUUUCACAGUCUCAACCUCAUAUCGCCAAGGGAAUCCCCGAGGAAGAGGAGGAGAAUAUGGAACCGAUCGAUAAAAUGAACAUAUUGACGGAAAAGGGAAGAAAGUAUAUUCGCACGGGACCUGCAAUUCCCACGAAGUCGAAAUCAAGUCUGAGCGCCUCAGUACCGAACAUGAAACUCAAAAGUGAACAGAAAGACACCGAAUCCGACAGGGAUAAGAGAAGGGAGCGCCUUACAAGUGUGUCGUCAUCGAAAUCCGAGAAAACUUCUGUGGAAAGAUCGAAUACUUCCAUGUCUAAUGUAAGUAAAAAGAAGAAGAUCACGUCCGCUAUGUUAGUCCAGCAGGGCAACAAAGCAUCCGCAGAGGGCGCCGUUCCACUUCCGGUAAUAAGCUCCGAACGCGACCUGCGUCCGUUCUUCUAUCACAAUGGCGUUCGUGAGGGUGAUAUCGUGAUACCGAUGAUGAACCUAAUGAAGCAGUAUCAGGGGUUCGACGCCCGGGAAAGGGCCGUUAAGUCCCUCGCCAUUGCCAACACAUUUAAGGAGAAACCUUGGCUUAUGCAGGUGCGCAUGGCAAUGAGUCUCACGUCAUCUACUUUGAAGCGUGAGGUCACGAACCUACGUCACAGCUUCAACGAGGUAAAGCGGCACGAAAAAGAGCGGCGAAUAAGUAGGGCUCAAUCGAUGCAUGUUUAAAACGAUAUUCCAGCUCCUACUUCGCAGUUUUUACAUUAUAUGUUUUUGUUUUGUUCACAAACCUCUUUGACAUUCCUGUUGAUAUUGCCUAACAUCGUAGAAUGGUUGAUCCGAAAGGACAAACUAUGAUUCUUGUAUAUGAUUUUAUUUAGCAAUACUUACAUGGCUGCUCAACUUCAAAAGCAUUUACACGUAUUGUAUAGUUUGCAUGUCAGAUGCAGUUUUGAGGGUGUAUAUUUUUCCUAAAAGUACUAAUUUAUGAAUUCAAGCGGGACGCUUUGUUCUUGCUGUUCGUUUACUUAAACGAGACAAAUGAUGUACUUGACUCAUAAUUCAGUUUAAUAACAAAAUAAUGAAGCAUGUAGUGUUCAUGUCAUAUUAAAUAAACUCAUUCACUUGCGCAUUUUACUAAUGAGGCUAAAUGCUUAAUUUAAUAAUUAAUAUAAAACUUAUUAAAUUUGUUAUUACUUAUACAAAUGGAUUUGAAACAGUUUUGUUAUACAUGUAUAUAGGCAAAUUAUGUGAUAAUAAUAUUGAACAGUUAUUAUCAGUGUACUUAUUUUAGUUCCGCUCUAAAAUUUAUUAUAAUUACCAUAUAUGCACAACAACUGUACUGGUUAAAGAUGUUCCACGUGGACAGCUAUAUUAUCUAGUAGGUGCCUUUACAAUAUGAGCCUCGUUCUGGGAAAACUGGGCUUAAUGCCUUUGCGUAAAUUGUCGUUCCACGUCAGCCUGUGAUCAGCGAAGCCGCUUUCCGCUUGUGUGGAUUGUUUAUACAUUAAAAUCCUAGUUAGGCGGAAAGUGUCGUCUCUGAUAAGCUUGUGCGGACUGCACAGGUUUAUGUGGAAUCCCACUUUACGCACAUGCAUUAAGCCACGUUUUUCCAGAACGAGUCUCAUCUGCUUGUGCCUGUUCUAAGGGAAAUCUCGGUUUGAACUCAUGCCGAGGCCAUUCAUACAAAUGAAAUAUAGAUCAAUUAUUCGAAAAUUUCAAGUUAAGAUAUAAUAUUCAUUUAUUAUUUUUAAUCGAACUUUAUAUUUUUUUUAAACGUUGAGUUUUAAAACAUAAUUCCAAUACCUUUGGUACACUUAUUUAUAUUGUUGAGAUUUUUUUAGACUGUGAUACUUAAUUGAAUUGUAUUUAUGAUAUAUUUUUUAUGUGUCGUGUUCUUCGGUGUAUAUGCUGCAUUUAUGUCAAUAAAAUGCCUUUUUGUACGGAGACAAUUUUCUUGUUUUAAU